AUGACAAGCGUAGAUGAGCUUUUCAAGAAACCGCUAUCGGCCGCAAGUGCGAAGCGAAAACUAGACAGCACCGACCCAAAUGAGCUAUACAAAGCCGCCAAAUUAGAUGCGGACGACGAUGUCAAAUCAAAAGGGAAGGCGCCAAUGGUAGAGGAUGAGGAGGAGGAAGGCGAUGGUUAUGCCGGCCCAGAGCUCCCACCCGAUUUCGAAUCAGAGGAUGUUCCCGAUGACGAGGAAGGGCGCUUUUUUGGUGGAGGAAUGGAACGGGAAACGGCCCAGGCCAUGAAUUACAUCGAUGAGCAAGAUCAGGGAGAAGUUGCGAUCGAGAAGUUCGACGCCGCGUGGUUGAGGCGCUUCGCCUUAAAUUUCGAGAAGAAGAUAUCCAAGAACGCGGAGCUGCGUGGAAAGUUCGAAAAUGAUCCUCAAAAGUUCAUGACCUCUGAAGCCGAUCUAGAUACCGAGAUCAAGAGCCUGUCUAUCCUUUCGGAACACACCGACCUAUACCCCGAAUUCACAAAGUUGGGUUGCGUUGGCUCCUUGAUCUCACUUCUUUCACACGAGAACGCCGAUAUCGCCAUCGGUGCUAUCCAAAUCAUUAGUGAAUUGACAGAUGAAGAUGUAGAAGCGGAACAAGAACAAUGGGAUAUUUUGGUGAAUGCAAUGUUGGAUGCGGAUCUCAUUGAACUACUUGCACAAAACCUGUCGCGUCUAGAUGAGGGAUCAGAUGCCGACAGAGCUGGAGUAUAUUAUAUUCUCGGUGUACUUGAGAAUCUUUCCUCCCAGGCAUCUGUUGCAGAGAAGAUUGGCCAAGAUUCAAAUACAAUGCCAUGGCUCCUCGCGCGUAUACAAAAGAAAGAAAGGCCCGUGAGCCAGAAUCAACAAUACUCGGCCGAAAUCCUAGCCAUUUUAUUACAAUCUGGUUCGAAGAAUCGAGAACGGUUUACUGGACUUGACGGGGUAGAUGCUCUACUACAACUAUUAAGUCAGUACCGAAAGCGUGAUCCCGAGAAGGACUCGGACGAAGAAGAGUAUGCCGAGAAUUUGUUUGACUGCUUGACUUGUCUUGUCGAUGAUGACGCUGGGAAGGAGAAGUUCUUGGAGGGCGAGGGUAUCGAGCUUGCCCAGAUCAUGUUAAAGGAGGGCAAGUUUAGUAAACUCCGCGCUCUCCGAACGCUCGACCAUGCUCUAGGUGGCCUUGGUGGUGCGGCUGUCUGUGAGCGACUGGUUGAGGUGGCAGGGUUGAGAACUGUAUUCGGCAUGUUUAUGCGCAAGCAAGAAAAUCAAAUAACAGAGCACCUUCUCGGCAUCUUCGGGUCCCUAUUACGACUUUUGCCUGGUGGCUCAGCACCCCGCAUUCGCGCGCUGGCCAAAUUUAUGGAGAAGGACUACGAGAAGAUUGAGAAAUUGGUUAAAUUGAGACGUGACUAUGCUUCUAGGGUAUCCCCUGUUGAGCAGAUCAUCCAGAAAGAACGAACAAGGUUCACGAAAGAUGAGCAGGAGGUAAUGGAAGCUGAAUGGCUUUCACGGAGAUUCGAUGCCGGCCUUUUCGCUUUGCAACUUAUCGAUGUCAUUCUUGCAUGGCUGGUGGCUGAAGAUGAUGGGGCGAAGAAGAAGAUUGUAUCAAUCCUAUCCGAUCGUGAUGAGGAUUUGUCUCUCAUUCGAAACACACUCCAAGAACAAAUCACGGGGCUUUCAGAGGAUGAACCAGGAGAGAAAGACCACAAAGAAAUGCUGCAAACUCUAUUGCAAUUUUUUUAG